AUGCGUCUACUUCAACUUCAAGACGGGUUCCUCAGCUUGACAGAUGAUCUCAUACAGAACAUCCCACCGUACGCGAUAUUAUCUCAUACAUGGGGCCAAGACAAAGCCGAAGUCCAUUUUGACGACAUCAAAAGCGGCGUCCAGCUGCAAGCCGUUGCCAGCCACCAUGGAGAGAAGCAACUUGGCUACCGAAAAAUCCAAUUUUGUGGUCUUCAAGCCGUGGCCAGCGGGCUGCGGUUCUUCUGGGUCGACACAUGUUGUAUUGACAAGUCGAACAGCGCAGAGCUUUCUGAGGCGAUUAAUUCCAUGUUUCGAUGGUACAUGAAUGCAGAGGAAUGUUAUGUCUACUUAUCUGACGUUUCGACAGAGAAUUGUCGCAAAAUAGACAAGUUCUCAUUACCGUGGAUGGAGGCGUUCCGCAAAAGCAGAUGGUUCACACGCGGCUGGACCUUGCAGGAGUUGCUCGCUCCAUCUUCAGUCACGUUCUUUUCUGUGGAAGGUCACAAGCUCGGCGACAAGAAGUCAUUGGAGCGAGAGAUACAUGAAAUUAGUGCGAUUGCUAUCACAGCUCUCCGUGGCAGGAAGCUGUCCGAGUUCACAAUUCUUGAACGGAUAAGAUGGUCCGACUCGCGUACUACCACGCGCGAGGAAGACUUGGCAUACUGCCUACUGGGCUUACUGGACGUUAGCAUGCCGCCGAUAUAUGGCGAAGAAAAGAGUAAGGCUUUUGCUCGGCUGUAUGAGGCGGUUGAAAAUCGGUGGGGCGAACCGUUGCUCACUCCCUACACACACGGAGUUCGACGAAAGACUCAUUUCAUAGUACCGCUUGAAAGGAACCAAGGCUUUAUUGGUAGAGAGGACACUCUUGCCAAACUGAUAGACAAAAUUCGCCCAAACUCAAGGACGAACAGCUGCCAGAAGACGGCUCUCGAAGGCCUCGGGGGCAUUGGUAAGACGCAGAUCGCUCUUGAGGCUGCAUAUCGUCUCCGUGACAUGGACGCCGAGUGCUCAGUUUUCUGGAUCCCGGCCGUAACACUGGCCACGUUCGAGAACGCCUGCUUCGAUAUUGGCAGAGCGCUGGCGCUGCCAGGAGUUGACAACGACAAAUUUGACAUCAAGACGCUCAUCAAGUCUGCGCUAAGCCAGGAUGACAUGGGCAGUUGGCUACUAGUUGUUGAUAACGCCGACAAUGCCAAUCUUGUAGCUGGCGAAAGCGACGGUCCGUCGUUGGCGGAUUACAUGCCGUCGAGCCCAAAAGGGUCCAUUUUGUUUACCACGCGAAACCACGCUGUUCCGACCCGACUGGGCAUUCGGAAGAACGAAAUAAUGCAUUUGUCUGAGAUGACUGAAGAAGAAGCCCGACACAUGUUGCAAAACGAUCUGGACGAGAGUCAAUUACUCCAUGAUGAGAGCACCAAAGCACUGCUGGAACUUUUGACACAUCUGCCUUUGGCAAUUAAACAAGCGUCCUCGUUUAUGGCUGAAAACGGCAUAUCCACAAAACGGUACCUGGAGCACUGCGUUUCGUCAGACAAGAACCAGAUCAAACUCCUUGGUGAAGACUUUGGAGAUCAGGGUCGGUACCCAGACAUUGCGAAUCCAAUAGCGACCACUUGGCUCAUUUCAUUUACCCAAAUUGCCGAACGAAACCCCAUCGCCGUCCACUAUCUCAAGUUCAUAUGCUUCUUAGCGGAACGCGACAUCCCCAUAUCCCUACUGCCUCCUGCGAAUGACGAGGUCGAUCGCGACAAGGCAAUAGGCGUUUUAAAGGCAUACGCAUUUGUAACGGAGCGAGAAGAUUCGCUGUCCUUGGACAUUCAUCGCCUUGUUCGUUUGGCAACACGUAACUGGAUCAAGGACGAAUGGACAGAAUUGAGUAACAGCGUCAUCCGCCAUCUGUCCCGUGUAUACCCAUUCCCCCGGCACGAGAACAGACACGUAUGGCUGAGAUACAUGCCUCACGCACGAGAAGUAUUAAGCAUUCAUACGUCGACAGCCAAGAUGGCCGAAUGGCAACUACUUCACAAUGUUGCAGAGAGCUAUAUGAUGACGGGAAAGUACAAACAGUCAGAACACAUGUACCGGCAGGCAUGGGAACUAGGCAGGAUGCACUUGGGACACGAGCAUCGCACGACCCUAGCCAGCAUCAAUAAUUUGGCCAUCGUUUUAUACAGCAGGGGUAAAUACAGCGAAGCAGAACAGCUACACAGGCAGACACUGAAACUAAGGCGCAAGAUCCUGGGACGAGAACACCCAGAUACACUAAACAGCAUGAACAACCUAGCCCUCGUUCUCGACAACCAGCAGAAGCACAUUGAGUCUGAAACCAUGCACCGACAGACACUAGACCUCCGCAAAAGGGUUUUAGGCGGCCAGCACCCCAAAACACUUUGCAGUAUUAAUGGUUUGGCGCUGGCCCUAAACAACCAAGGCAGAUACAAGGAGUCGGAACAGUUGCAACGUCACGCGUUACAAGGCUUAAAAACUGUCUUGGGAGAUCACGCUUCUUUCACGCUCGACAGCAUGAAUAACCUGGCGCUUGCGCUUGAUAGACAGGGGAAAUACGAACAGGCAGAACAACUGAAUCAGCAGACGUUGCUGGUAAGACAGGAAGUCCUGGGGAGAGAGCAUCCCCGCACCCUUGAGAGCAUGCAUAAUCUGGCAGAGGUGUUUCGACAUAAGGGGAAUUACUCGCGGGCGGAGGAGUUGCAUCGGCGGGCGUUGACUUUGCGGGAGAGGGUGCUUGGGAGGCAGCAUCCGAAAACUGUUCAGAGUAGGCGGAAUCUUUUGCAUUGUUUGGAGUAUAGUGGUGCGGAGGGGAAAUCCUCGACUGAGGCUGGUGUUGAGAGUGUGGGAGAGUAA